UGGCUGUAAUAUUAUUCCGGGUUAUGAAACUGAAACUGUCCCGUGUCGUAACCUGGAAUAACAAGACGCACCAAUUUCACUGCACCGUGUCACACCAGCGCGUGUCGGGACUUGGACAGCCACGCACUUCCUCGUGGCGUUUCGAUCACACAUCUACCCAGGCCUUUCCUCAGAACAUGGAAACACUAAACGUUAGCAACAAAAAAACCUUUUUUUUUCAAGUGCACGUAUAAAAAGUUGCAUUGAUUUGUAUCGAUUCAUCAUUCCCAGCGACGUAGGGUUGGAAGUGUCGCCACGACUGAGGAUGGAUGUCAACGAAAUAUAACAAGCUGGUCGUUAAACAGACCGAGUACCAAUAGCGGAAAAUGGAGGAUUAUAAAUCAUACAGCCAGGCGAUAAGGAUGCUGAGAGUUUCCCUGGUGGACCAGCUGGAAAAUGGGAUUGACUUUCUCCUGGAACUCCUCUCAUCCAGGGAGGUGUUGAACCGGGAUGAUCGGGAGGUGGUGCUGGGCCUGCCGGGGCCGCGGGCCAAAGUGAGGAAGCUGCUGGACAUCGUGGAGUGCAAAGGCGAAGAAGCUGCUCGGACAUUUAUCUCGAUUAUCAAUCAGCAGCAGCAAAAAACUCACAACCUCAUACCCACAGAGGACAGCGCAGACCAACCACAGUCCAAAGUAUGCAGCAAAAUAAUGCAAAAACACAAAGAGGUCCUCAGUCGCAGGAGCGAGAGCAUGCUAUACUACAACACUCGGCAUGGAGAGAAAAUCCCCUUCUCUGAACACUAUGUCAAUCUGCUGUUAGUCAGUGGACACCAGGGCUUGGAGCGGAAAAGACAUGAGGUGCUCACUUUUGGACUAAAGCGACUGUCUAUGCAGCAGGAGUCAACAAAGCAUGGGCAGAUAACACCAGCCAAACUCUUCUCAAGUGUAGCAGGAAGCCGUCCUGUCAAAAAAGUUCUGGUCACAGGGGUGGCCGGCAUUGGAAAAACAAUGCUGGUGCAGAAGAUGCUGCUUGAUUUUGGGAAUAACAAGGAUCAUCUUGCCUUUGACUUUAUCAUCCACCUGACCUUUAGAGACCUGAAUCUGAUCACCAAACCAAUAAACCUCAAGGAAUUGGUCUUGCGUAAAAACAGACACCUUGCUAAGGAGCUUGACCAAAUUUUGGCCAAUGACAACAAACUACUGAUCAUCUUGGAUGGCUUUGAUGAGUUCAGACAUUACAGGAGCUGUGACAUAGAUGCGUUUGUGACCGAGCCAGAUGAAGACGGUGAGGUGGCGGAGGUUGUUGCAAGCCUGAUGCUGGGUGAACUCUUACCCAAUGCUUCAGUCUUGCUCACAAGCAGGCCUGCAGCUAUUGGCUACAUACCUGUAGAUUGCAUUGACCGCUUUGUGCUCAUUGCUGGAUUUUCUAUGAAAGAAGUCCAAGACUUCUUUCAGCGCUAUUUCCAGGACCAUGCCUUUGCAAAAAACAUGUUUGAAGUAGUUGCAGCAAAUGAGCUAAUGCUCACACUGUGCUACAUACCUGCAUUUUGCUACAUUAUGUGUUGCAUCCUGAAAGAAAGCCAAGAUCUCGCUGGAGAAAGUCCUAAGACUAUGACUGAUAUAUAUGUACAGUAUUUAGUGGCCUUGCUUCGGUCUCACACCCAAGACAGAGCCAAGUCCUCUCUGAAUGACCAAAAAGAGGGGGCCUCCCCACAGAUGUCUGACGUAGUGCUGAAGUUGGGACAGCUCGCAUUCCUCAAGCUAAUGGACCAUCAAACAUUGUUCUAUGGCAGUGACCAAGAUGUUGCCUGUUUGGUGGGAUACGGUCUGGUCAGCACCUUUUUAGAUAAGACAGUGGCACAAGAGCCCGGCUGCACCGAAGACAUAUACUCCUUUACUCACCUAACUGUUCAGGAGUUCUUUGCUGCAGUUUAUUGUGCAAUGACUGACCACCCUUUACCUGAUGCACUUCAGCACAAAACCAGCCCAGGAGAGGAGACAUGCAAAGGGCACUUGGACCUCUUCUACCGGUUCCUCAGUGGGGUCCUCUCCGAACGCAAUGCUAACCUUUUGUCAAGGCACAUCGGGUUGCGCUGCAGCCGUGAAAAAGUGGAGACUUACCAAAAAAGGAUCAUCGGCGAGCUUAGGGACCAAUGUGGGAGUGGGGCCCAAAUACUGAAUAAUUUACAUUGCUUGUUUGAGCAACAGGACCCCUCAUUGGCACAGGCUUUUGAACUAGAGGGACUUCGAGUGAAUGUUAGCGAUGAGGCACUCUCCUCCAUGGAUUACAAUGCCAUCAAGUAUUUCCUAAAUCUCACUGAAGGAAAUAUAUCAGAGUUGGAUCUAACUGGGACCAACAUUAACUGUGAAGCGCUGAAAGACCUUCAGCCCCACCUACUCAGAUGUGAGAGGCUUUGGCUUGGGGAAAAUAAUCUCGAUAUGAACACAGUUCAUGUCCUUGCUGAUGUGUUGCAGCUGUCGGAGUGUAUGACACACCUAGGAAUCGGCUGGACAGAUGUCAGUGAUGAGGAAAUGCUUGUUCUCUCAUCUGCCAUGAGAAUGAGUCACAUGCUUCAAGAAUUGUGGAUGGAGGGCAAUAGAGUAAGCUACCGAGGCCUGUUCUCAUUGAAGGACUUGAUUCCAAGUCCUCUGAGCAAAGUUGUUGCCAUCUGGAAUGACUUGAAUGAUGAAGACGUGGAGGCUCUUACAGUUAGUGAAGGAGGAAGCUUUGUGCUGAGGUUCACUGAUGACGUAGUAUGGGAGGAGUGGGGGAGAUGGGUCCUGGCCAGAUGUGAGGUCAGCAGCAACGAGAAGCUGGUCACAGUGCUCUGCAAAGUGUGCAACAUAUCGAUCCACUGUUUGGAAAUCCUUUGGGCAAAGGGUUUCUACAAGAGACUUAGACAGCUCAUCAAGAACAGAAUUGCUCAAUGCACCGAGGAUGACAUGCGCAGGAAGCUGGAAAAGUUUGAGAAUGUUUUGAGCUCUUGAUAUAGAGUGGCUCAGCCUCUCUACUACUGCUGAUGUUAAUAUUGCUAAUGACUACAACAGAAUCACAUCUCUGAAACUUGAAGCAAGAGAAAGUGCAGCACAAACGUUGCCUGUAGUGACCAAGGUGGAUGUUUAAUACCUUGCUCAAGGAUAAUUGGCUGUUAGGGAACCUGAUCUUUGACUUUUUAGUGACAUAACAGUUUCAUUCACCACUCCAAGGUUCAAGGUUUUAUUCGUUACCUACUUCAUGUACAAGUACAAUGAACAGUGAAUGCUUUCUUGGCAAACUCCAAAACGGUUCAAAAAGGAGGUAGAUCUGAUAAAGUGUGAUGUACUUAUAAUACUUGUAAACUUUAUUUUAUUUAAGACUGUACUUUUCUUGUAUUCUUAAUCACACCAACGACGCCAAUUAAAAUUCCUUGUGCAUGUACAUCAUGCACAUGACAAUAAGUCUCCCUGAGUCUGAUAGAACAACAAGUAAAAAGGAACAAAAUAAAAUUUAAAGAAGUAAAAAAUCCGGAGAAUAUACAGAAGGUAUACUCCGAUAAGUAUCUGGUCUUGCACCGACUUGUGUUUCCUGCAGGUCUCCUUGAGCUGGAAUUCAUAUAUGGAGUGCAAUAACUUCUACGUUAACUGGCAAUGUGUUAGGACAAAGAUGCAUUAUCAAAUUAAAAUGAU